AUGAAAUUCACACACGCAACCCCCGUGACCGUCUCCCUUCCCGACCUCCAACACGGCACCAUCCCCUUCGCGACACUCCUGUCGGCAUUCGGGCCCUCCUCGCUCGGGAUCCUCGUGGUAACGGAUCUACCCGACGGAUUCGCGGCCCUGCGCCAGCGCGUGCUCACCAACGCAUCACGCAUCGCCCAGCUGCCCGCCGCGACGCUCGCGUCUCUAACGCGGCCGGCGGCGAAAUAUCUCGUCGGCUGGUCCCAUGGCGUGGAGACAUUGAGGCCGGGCGUCGUCGAUACCGCAAAGGGAAGCUACUACAUCAACUGCGCGUUCUACAAGGACAAGUCCCUCGCGGGUGCGGAUGGGGUCAAGUUCCCUGGCUUUGAAGAAUAUACGGCGCCGAACGUGUGGCCGCCAGAAGCAGAAGACGAACACGGGGAUCAGGCUUCCGUGCCCGGAUUCAGGAGCGACGCCGAGGCCCUGAUAAAGUUGAUCAUCGACACGGCCGUGCUGGUGGCCAGGGCGUGCGAUCGGUUCGCCGAAGCCGAAGUUGAGGGCUACGUGGCGGGAUAUCUGGAGCGCAUGGUGCAGGGGAGCGAGACCACAAAGGCGAGGUUGUUGCAUUAUUUCCCGACCGAGCCCGCGCAUGAACCGGAAAUGGAGGCCACGAGCAAUGAAAAUGCACUCGGGCUCGGCAACGGCGUCUCAGCACCCGGCGAGAAGAUGAAGAAAUCACUAAGCGAAAUAGACGACUCGUGGUGCAGCACGCACGUCGACCACGGGUGCCUCACGGGCCUCACGUCCGCCAUGUUUCUCGAUGAAAGCUGUGAAAAGUCGGACGAACUGGCGUCGAGUCCUGAUCCGUCGUCAGGCUUGUACAUUCUGUCGCGGAGCCAGGAGGUCCACAAGGUCGGCAUCCCGCGUGGGGCACUGGCUUUUCAGACGGGAGAAGCGUUGGAACUGAUAACGGGCGGGCGGUUCAAGGCGGUGCCGCAUUUCGUGCGCGGGGUGGAUGCCGAUAGCGUGCAGGGGAAGGGCAGGAUAGCGAGGAAUACACUGGCCGUGUUUACGCAGCCGAAUCUGGACGAGGUGGUCGAUCUGAAGACGGGGUUGACUUUUGGCGAGUUCGCGAGAGGGGUAGUCAAGAAGAAUACCGCGAGCUGA